AUGGGAAAUAUAAGCAGUAGGCCAGAUGAGCCGGGGUCUCUCUAUCUCAAGGACCAGACCAAGCUAGCCAUUGCAUCUGUCGUCGUCACCAACUCUCGUGGAAAUCUUCUCCUGAACAUUGCGCCAAAUCAAUUCCCCUCGACGAGGAUAAUACCUAGGAGGGAAUCGGGGGACGAUAGACCCAUAGAGUACAUCCAGGACCCAGAGUCUCCAUCUACUGGAUUACCCUCCUUUCUUCUAAAACUGUGUAAUGAUGAUGAGUUAAAUUUUCGCUUCACUUUUUUCCUUCGCCAGGGACAGACCAAGCAACCCGCACCUUUGACCACAAACGGCGUGGCGACUUGUCUUCCCGAGGCAAUUGAUACGGUUCUCACCGGUCUUACAUUCGCUCACGCAUCCAAUCCGAGAGAUCUGGAUAACCUGGUAACGCGAGAGUUCCAUGCCAACCCGAAUUUACAAAACAACUCCAAUGUAAAACAUGUGGGGAAUUUCUCGACUUCAGGGAGCCCGUCAAUCCAAUUUGACUGGUCGUGGAAAUGGAAGCCUCCUAGGCAAGCGGAAGAUAGAUGUGGCGGUUGGCGCAACUGCUGUAGCUUUCUUGACUACGAUCAAAGAACAAAUCGACUCAACACGCUGGCAACAUUUUCUUUCUGGGUUCAGAAUGUGUCUCGACCUUCGUCAAGCCCUCAAAUUCCUUCACCCCGAUUCGACCUGACUGUACCCCCUCGCCAUCGGGUGCCUUCCUCUCAAUCCGUCCAAUCUCGAAUAAGCGACACUGAAGCUAUCAACGAUCUCCUACCCCCUCCAACCCCUCCUGAGUUUGGGGAUAACCUGCAGACCCCACAUCCUCUGCCAGCCCAUAGCUCUGUAAAGUUAGACGUGACAUGUCAGCGGCCAGGGGAGGAUAUGAGUGCAGUUGAAGAUGGGCCUCUGUUCCGUGCUACAAUGAAGGCCUUGGAACAAAAAACAGGCAAUAUGCGGGCCAAGAUGAAAAAAGUUUUAAAAAAAGCUGAGGCUGCGCAUCAAGCCCAAAUCGCCUGUAACGACGCUGUUAGCGCCUUUAUCACGGCCCUCAAUGAUGCGUCUCUGUCUAACGCGAAUGCCAUUCAGCCUGCAUUAGAGCAUUACUUUGACCGAAUCGCCCGAGAAAUUCUGAAUUACGAGCAACAGAAUACCGUACACCUCCAAAAACUCAUCAUCGACCCUCUUUCUAAGUUAUAUAACCAUGACAUCAAACAAGCAGAAUCAAAGAAAAAGGACUUCGAAGAAGAGAGUAGAGAUUAUUAUGCCUACGUGGGACGGUAUCUUGGCCAGCGGCAAGAUUCCCUGAAAGAAAAAAAACGUGCCGAAAGCGAUUCAAAAUACCAAACAAAAAGAAGGAAUUUUGAGUUAAAACGUUUCGACUACUCAUCAUUCAUGCAGGACCUUCAUGGUGGACGGAAAGAACAGGAAGUAUUAUCCCACCUGACAAAGUAUGCUGAUACGCAAGCAAAGAGUUAUUUGGCUGCAGCGAAGAAGAUUGAGGAGAUGAUCCCACAACUGCAGGCGCUUAUAGAUGAAGUAUCCGAAGCCGAUAAAGAAUUCCAGUUUCAGCGUACGGAGAGGGAAGAGAAACGAAGGGCCCUAGAGACGAGCACAAAGAAGUAUAUCGAACCGGGAUCCGUACCGACCUCUGGUGUUACCGCUCUGGCACCGGGGAAUUCCAACUUUUCUCAUCAAUCCGACUCCGAACUUGGUCGAGCAGAUAGUACGGGCUCACAGCUAAAGACAGUCGCUACUAACAAUUCAGCGCAUUCUCCUUCCUUAAAUCCUCCUAUUCAUAUUGAGCCUCCCACAGGAUCAUUAUCUGCACUAUCAGGAUCAAAUCGAUUCAAAGGCAUUCGGGACUUAGAGGAUCGCGAUUCUUCCAGUCCGAUGCACGAUAUGCAAGAAGCUCAACAUCGAAAGGAGGGGCUUUUGUGGGCGUUAUCCCGCCCAGGCUCUCACAUAGAUCCCAAAGGGAUUAACAAACAAGCUUGGCAUAAGUUUUGGAUCGUCCUUGACCAAGGGAAGCUUUCAGAGUACAGCAAUUGGAAACAAAAGCUGGACUUGCACAUGGAGCCAAUCGAUCUACGGAUGGCAUCCGUUCGAGAAGCGCGUAAUGCCGAAAGAAGAUUCUGCUUUGAGGUUAUAACUCCCCAGUACAAGAGAAUAUAUCAGGCGACGUCGGAGGAGGACAUGAACGCCUGGAUUAUUGCUAUCAACAACGCAUUGCAAAGCGCUGUGGAAGGCAGAAGCCCUCCACCUGUUACUCUUCAACAGCCAAUAACUGAUGGAGCCAUUCGUCGUGGUAUUGGCUCCGUUCUGUCCGGGAAAGGGUCCCACUCCUCUCAGCAGGCACACUACAAUCCUCCUGUUUCCGGCGUGAAUCGUCGAACCACAGUUGGCGCCCGACCCUGUUACGUUCGGGGCGAUAACAAUAAUUACGAGGAGAAUCCGUCGAAACUUUUACAAACAGUCCGUGAAGCUGACCAAGGCAAUUGUUGGUGUGCGGAUUGCGGGUCGCUGUCUAAAGUUGAAUGGGUGUCAAUCAAUCUUGGGAUAGUUCUCUGUAUUGAAUGCAGUGGGAUUCAUCGGUCAUUGGGCACCCAUAUCUCAAAGAUCCGCUCACUUACCCUUGACAUUCAUUCAUUCUCCAAUGACAUUGUCGAGAUACUCCUUCAAGUUGGAAAUCGUGUUAGCAAUAUGGUUUGGGAAUCUCGACUGGAUCCCUCACUCAAGCCUACCGCUCAAUCAACUAGAGAACAACGUUUAAAGUUCAUUACGGCAAAGUAUAGCGAAAGGGCGUAUCUUCAGCCUUUAUCCGCUACCCUCUCUCGUUACGCUACAGCAGAAGAAACACUUCUGGCUUCUAUCAAAAGAAAUGACAUACAAGGUGUGUUAUAUGCAAUCGCCCUUCGCGCCAAUCUCAAUGUCACCGACCUGUCUCGGGGUACCCAUGCAGUGUUCCUGGCGCUUGCAGCUGCGGAUCCUGCCUUUCCCGCUUCGUCAGGGCAGGCAACAGCCAUGCCUUCGGGAUCCACCGCAGUACCGCCUUCAGCUGAAAAACAAAUACCAUUUCCCAUUGCGGAAUUGCUUGUACAAAAUGGAGCAGAGAUUCCAUCUGAAAUGCCAUCCAUCCCUUUAUCACCCGCAGCUCAGCUAUAUAUAAACCAAAGGACAGCCAAAAUAAGUGGAAGCUUUAUUGUCCAACCAAGAGCGCUUGCUUCGUCAAUGGGGGAUCAGGGAACUGACAUAACUUGCGCUCUGCCCUUGAUUCACAAUAGUGGCAAGCCCUCGUCCAACGGAGAGAACAUUUCAACGACGUCACCUGCUUCCCACCCACUUACCGGCCUCGACAACAAGGAGAGAGAGAGGUUGCAGAAGCGAGGCAGUGCUGGAGCUCGAUUUGCAGGAAAGGUGGCCUCAUUGGGAUCCGAUCGAUAG